GACCCCACUCCGGAGAGCCUACUGACCGCCAGAACUGCAGGGGGCACACGAGGACAUUUGGCCAUGCCUUCACGCUGUUUACGAGGCUGGCCCAACCCUGACGCCUCAUCAGUACAAGCCAGGAGACUGGGUGUUCAUUAAGAGACACUGCCGGGAGACCCUCGAACCACGUUGGAAGGGCCCCUACGUCGUCGUGCUGACUACACCCACCGCUCUCAAGGUAGACGGUGUUGCAACUUGGAUCCACCACACCCACGCUCGCCCAGCCAACCCCUCUGCAAUCCGGGAGGACUUCAUCGCGCAAUGGAACAUCGAACACAAUCAGCACAACCCGCUCAAACUCAAGCUACGGUGCAUUCAACCCGCCUGAUGUUGGUAACUCUAUUGACCCUGUUCACUAUCGCCCAUACUGCCGGGAGUCCCCACACCCCCUACAAUCUUACCUGGCAGAUCAUAGACACCAGCUCGGGGACAGUACUUAAUCAGACUUCCCAGAUUCACCUUAAGAACACUUGGUACCCGGACCUUUACAUAGAUUUGCUAGACCUCGUCCGCAUUUCAUGGGACUCUAGUUUCACCCGGGUCUACCAUUUCUAUGUCUGUCCUGGGCACUCACGGACUCCGCGGGGGCGCACCCGGGACCCAUGCGGAGGAGCAGAGGACUACUUCUGCGCCUCCUGGUCAUGUGUCUCUACUGGACACAUCUGGUGGACUCCCCCCAAAACCAAUGACCUGAUAACCAUGGCUCGGCCGGCAGCGCCGGCCUGUCAGAAAUCUAGCAAGGGUCUCCACACCCCAUGCAACCCUGUGCGGAUAUCCUUCACGGAACAGGGAAAGAAAGCAACAGGAUGGAACUCUGGUAAAAACUGGGGAAUUCGCCUCUAUGAUAAGAUUAGACUCGGGGCUAUGGACCAUGGAGGAUUAUUUACCCUUUGAGUACAGGCAGCACCCCCUCACCAACAGACUCCAGCAGGAGUGGGGCCUAACCAAGUGUUGGCCCCCCCCACCUGUCCCUACCCAGGAGUCCCCACCCAAGAGCACCCGGG